CCAAAUCGAGUGCGCAUGCGCGCUGAAGUUGCUCCCGGAAGUACAUCAAUGCACGUGUAGCAUUUGACAACCUUGAGAGGACUACAAACAGUUAACCUGCUGUGAGUUUAUGUCUCACAACAGACCGCUCCCGCGAUGCGAAUACCACGAUUAUUGUACCCACUCUACCAGCUGGGCAACCCUCAGCUGAGGAUCUUCAGACCCAAGUGGUCCCUGACCCUGGUGAGGCCGGGGAAAGAGCAGCCUCCUGACACUGUCCAGUUUCGCAUCCCAAUGGUAAUGACAAAGUGUGACCUAAAGGGUUACCUGGAGAAGAUCUAUAACGUCCCGGUGGGAACAAUCCGCACUAGGAUACAGUUUGGCUCCAACAAGAAGAGGAAUCAUCUGAACCAGAGGGUUAAGCAGCCCGACUUUAAAGUAGCCUACGUUCAGCUGGCCCAAGGCCAUACUUUCACCUUCCCUGACAUCUUCCCGGAAAAGGACGGGACGCCGGCGGAGGGCUCCAUGGAGGAGAUGCAGGAGAAGUUCAUUGAGGAUGAGAAGCAGAGGCAGAAAUCUGACCCGAGGAGAGGAGGCGUCACCGAGUGGUUCGGACUCUGAGACAAACCCUCUGACCAGGAAGUCUUUGCACGUACACGUGCGCGUGCAGGGUGCUUCACUGGGAGCCACGUGCAUUGUUUUACAACGCGACUGUUGUGAUGUCACUUCUAUUUCUGUAUGAAACCCUCACGAGUAUGUAGUAAAGAAGAACGAAGCAUGUGUGUGGGAGAAAGGAGACGUGUUUUGUUUGUGUGUUUGUGUGUGUGUGUGUGUGUGUGUGUGUGUGUGUGUGUGUGUGUGUGUGUGUGUGUGAAGGAGAGAGAGCGAGUUUGCGAGGCUCCAGCCCAGUAACGAUAGCCAGAGCAGAAUCACAGGAGGAGGAGAGUGGCCCUGCUCCAUCUCUCAUGAAACCAGCCCACCGUACAGAAUCCCCAUCACCUCAGAUGACCUCCUCUUCGUCCUCCCUGACUCUUCCACCUCCUUCUCCUUUAACUCCUCGUCUUUGGCAUUGGUACCUCAGCACAUCCACCUCACUGGACUCACCCGUUCCUCAGUGUGUCCCCUCUCGUGUCCUUCCGUGUCCUUGUCCAAGUCCUACACUCCCCUUCCCUCUGCCACACCGGGGGGAGUGGUAUAGCGUGGUGUCCCGAGUCGCACUGGAUCUCAGCCAGUUGGAUCAGCCUACCUGGACGACCCGCAUCCUUUUCCUCUUUUAUGAGUUUGCCUCGGAUUAAUUGACCACUUUAGGUAAACAACAAUUGAGAUGUUGUUUCAGCAAAGCAACGGCAUGGAAUUUGCUGGAGUGUUUUAUUAUUUUGUGGCAGCGCCUCUCGCCAUAACUCUGGCUGAGAGACGAUGGUACACAUUGUGUUUUGUGCGCGUGCGUGUUUGCCUUGGAUGUGGGACUUGCCAGUGAAUCUGUCUAAUUGUAAGUGCUGUUGGAGUCAGAACGAAUAAACGGUCACUUGUC